AUGGUUUCGCAAUGUACUAUUUGCGAAAAGUUCAAACGAAACAUUCAAAAAGAACCGUUGGUUCAGGAUUCUAAUCCUGGGUACCUGUUUCAAAGAGUGGCAAUUGAUUUAUUUGAAAUGGCUGGACACGAUUAUAUAUCAAUUAUCGAUGCGUAUUCGGGUUUUAUCAUAUCAGAAAAACUAAGUAGGAAAACGUCUAGUCAUAUAAUUGAAGUCAUUGUAAGAAUAUUUGAUCGCGUAGGAUAUCCAUCGGAAAUCAGAUGUGAUAAUAGCCCCUUUGGCUCAGUGGCAUUCGAGAAAUUUGCCAAUGAGGCAAACAUUUUAUUUACUUUUUCUAGUCCACGGUACCCGCAAAGUAAUGGACUUGCGGAAAAGGGCGUAGCUAUUACGAAAAAUCUUUUGAGGCGAUGUUAUGAGGUACAUGAAACGGAUAGAUUUCAAUAUCGCAUACUCGAGUAUAACACCACCCAGGUCGCGACUAUGAAACUAUCGCCUGCUCAAUUAUUCUUUGGCCGCCAGAUUAAGACAAGAUUACCGGUAGCGAGUCAACUGUUAUAUCGAAGCAAUAUAAAUGAAGUCGAUAUUCAAGAAAAAAUUCAAAAGAAAAAGGAAAAACAGAAAUAUUAUUACGACCGAACCGCGAGAUCUUUGCCAAUGUUGAAUGUGGGUGACCUAGUAAUUUUUAAGAAAAAUGGCAAAGAAUGGCAAUACGGAAAGAUUACAGAUAAUAUUAAUGAUAGGUCAUAUAUUGUACUAGAUAACUUUGGUAAUUAUUUUCGAAGAAAUCGCAGAUUCAUAGCUAAGACAAAAAAUAAUGAAAUAAGUACUAGUGAACUGCUAUUUGAAGAUCAUAUAAGAAAUAAUGUUAAUUCUGAAUGUAAUAAUGACAAAGAAAUCAAUAUUAUACUGCCAAAUAAGAAAAACAAUACUGAUGUUAAUAUUAGUUUAAGCAAAAAUAAUGAUAAUACAAUUGUACCGCCUAAAAGUAACACGCCAAACGAAGCCGAACGAUCAACGGAACAACAAAGCUCAUCAGUAAUUCAUAAUGAAUCAAGUCAUCGUGACAGCUUCGUACCUGACUCAGGAACAGAGGUUGCCGAAAUGCCUGAUAAAAGUGCAAGGCCUUUUGUGACUCGAAGUGGUCGAGUAAGUGCACCCCCUGUUCGAUAUGGUAACUUUGCCAAAAAGAUUAUUUAG